AGUAUUAUGGUGAUGGACGCCGCAGUUUAAAAGUUCAUCCAGGGAGGGUGGUUUGGUCAUUAUGGUGUGCACUUGCUGUCUGCUGACAACAAUGGCUAUACGGCAUAACGUGGCCUGUGAGUCGAUACUGUUUGAUUUAUGAUUUUUGCGUUUCGACUGGACUGCGAGGAUCAUUGGGUGUUCCUUUCUUCGAUUCGAGUAUGGAACCCAAGUGGAUUUUCGCUGUCCUCCUGAUAAUCUCCGCCGCCGUCUCCGCCGAUUACGUCCGCCCUAAGCCUCGUAAAGCUCUCCAUUUUCCAUGGAUUUCGAAGGGUUUUUCUCCUGCCCAGCAGGUGCAUAUCUCAUUGGCUGGUGAUAAGCAUAUGCGAGUAUCAUGGAUCACACAUGAUAAAGAUUCUCCUUCAAUGGUUGAAUAUGGAACAUCACCAGGGAAAUACAGCUAUAUGUCUCAAGGAGAGAGCACGUCCUACAAUUAUUUGUUAUAUAGCUCAGGGAAGAUACACCAUACCGUCAUUGGGCCACUGGAAUAUAACACUGUUUACUUCUAUCGAUGUGGAGGACAAGAUCCUGAAUUCAAGCUCAAGACCCCUCCAUCUCAAUUUCCAAUUACUUUCUCUGUGGUUGCAGAUCUGGGACAGACGGGCUGGACAAAGUCAACAUUAGACCAUAUAGAUCAGUGCAGAUAUGAUGUUCAUCUGCUUCCUGGAGACCUGUCAUAUGCUGAUUAUAUGCAGCAUAAGUGGGACACAUUUGGUGAGUUGGUGCAGCCCUUUGCUAGCCAAAAGCCAUGGAUGGUAACAGAAGGGAACCAUGAAGAAGAGGUCAUACCAUUAAUCAAGAAUGGGUUUGAAUCCUAUAAUGCUAGAUGGAGGAUGCCCUUUGAGGAGAGUGAAUCAACUUCAAAUCUUUAUUAUUCAUUUGAAGUUGCAGGUGUUCAUGUUGUUAUGCUUGGAUCAUAUGCAGACUAUGAUAAGUACUCAGAUCAAUAUAACUGGCUAAAGGCUGAUCUUUCAAAGGUGGAUCGGAAAAAAACACCGUGGCUGCUUGUUCUGUUUCAUGUGCCAUGGUAUAAUAGCAACCAUGCUCAUGCAGGUGAAGGGGACAGAAUGAUGGCCACCAUGGAGCCAUUGCUUUAUGCUGCUAGUGUGGAUAUAGUGCUUGCUGGCCACGUGCAUGCUUAUGAACGUGCAAAUCGUGUCAACAAUGGGAAAUCAGAUCCUUGCGGUGCUGUCCACAUAACUAUUGGUGAUGGAGGAAACAGAGAAGGUUUAGCUCAAAAGUACAAGAAUCCACAGCCAGAGUGGUCAGUGUUCCGUGAAGCAAGCUUUGGUCAUGGCGAGCUCAGGAUAGAAAACUCAACUCAUGCCCUUUGGAGCUGGCAUAGGAAUGAUGAUGAUGAGGCAGUAAUGUCCGAUCAGGUCUGGAUAACCUCUUUGGCAGGAUCACGAUGCAUUGCUGAAAAGAACGAACGGAGGAAGAUACUUAUGGUGAAUUAGAACAGUCGAGUUCUAUGGUAUCCACUUUUAUUUCUAACGGAUUUUCUUGCCAGUGGAUCCUAUCUCUAUGUAAAUUUGUAAUCAAUCUCGUACAAGUGUGGGUUACCUAAUAGAUACUGCUUGAAUAGGUGGAUCACUCUGUUGUCUUGAUGCUCUCACUUAGUCACAAUCACUGUGAGAACAUGUUCGACUGUUAAUGGUUUGUACUACCAUUUCCUGUUAGAUAUGAAAAUUUGCUCUAAUGCUUGGUGCU